GGUUAAAGGUACAGAGGGGAAGAGCGAGAGACGGAAGGCAGCAAGACAGGCGGCGCGAGGGAGCGUGGGCACCAGAGUCCGCUCGUAAACUCAUAAAAAGAUGAGUCCAACUCCAACAGCUGAGUCAUCAGGAUCGCAGCAGGUUCCUCCAAGGUCUGGGCUGUUUGAGCUAAAAACAAUCUAACCCGUCUCACCUGUCUGUCCUCACCUGACAGUCGACGGGCUGAGCGAGCAGAGCUGCUCAAGAACAACAUGGAGUCAAUUGAAGUGGAACAAGAGGAGAAAAAAUUCAGGUCAAUGGUGGACGAACAUUUGGAGGGAAUCAACAGCGAGACGUCAGAUAGAAGAUCUGCUCCUGAAGGUUUGAUGGAUCCUGUGAGGACAAGCGUGACCGGUUCACCAUACGAUGAUCCAACAGAUGAGGAAACAGGUGGAGGCAAUUCUUCCACCUCAAAAUCAAAUGCUGAAUCAGAAGUCUUAGCUGAAAGCAGGACCGAGGAUGAAUGGAGGGAGGAAACAUCUGAUGAAGAUGAAGACGUGGAGGGGAAAGAAGAAGAAGAAGAUCAGAGUGAAGGCCAGCAAGAGUGUGAUUUGCUGCCAGGACAUGAAAAUUCUGAAGAGUCAGAGGAGAAAUUAUCAGCACAGAGCAGAGAACGACCAGCUCCUCCCAGCAGUCUGGUUUUGUCGGGACCGAAAUCAAUGAAAAAGAAAGUUCUGGUGGCUCCGACUCUCAGUCUGUCUUUAGGCGGGUCUUUGGCUUCUGAAGAUUUUGCCCCAGGCUUCCUUUCCCCCUCCCCUGAAGAUGACGACGACCCAAGGCUGGACUUGGACUUGGACGCCAUGGAGACGCCGUCUGACAGCGAGUCUUUGCACUUUCCCAAUUACGACCUUGACCUGGAAGAUGACCUGCGUCGUCUGGGAGUGGCGUCGCACAAACCCUUUGGCUCCGCGUCUGGUUCUCUACCCGAUCAGACCGGCCUGAGCGCUCUAGACAAGGAGGAUGUGGUGGACAGCAAGGGCACUAGGUGGCGUUGUUUCUCCACAGGGGACCCUCCACAGGAGAGCCGGGUCAACAUGACUGUCUUGGAGCCGUUUCUCAGAGUCCUGUCCCACGGAGGUUACCAUGGAGACGGCAUGGAUGACAUUGUGGUGUUUUCCUCCUGUUAUUUGCCGGAGAACCACCUGGAGAAUUAUCAGUACGUGAUGGACAACCUGUUCAGGUUUGUCGUCGGGACUCUGGAGCUGAUGGUCGCGGAAAACUACGUGAUCGUGUACCUGUGCUCCGGAGGCCAGAAGGACAAACUGCCGGGAAUCGGCUGGCUCAGAGAUUGGUACACCACCAUAGAUCGAAGGCUGAGGAAGAACCUGAAGGGUUUCUAUGUGGUUCAUCCAACCUGGUACAUCAAAGCUCUGAUUACCAUCAUCAAGCCCUUCAUCAGCUCCAAGUUCAGCAGGAAGCUGCAGUUUGUGGACAGUCUUCAGGAGCUUUCUCAGCUCAUCCCCACUGAGCAUGUGCAGAUCCCAGAGAGCGUCAGACAGUACGACCAGAGCCUGUCCAGGUGAUGCUGCAGAGUCCAAACGCUUCUCCAUCUGUCAUAUUUAUGCUCACAGCUGCCUGAGCGGAACAUUCAGCGGAGGAGCUUCAGCCUCUGUGAAAAUCAGUUUUUACCCACAUCUGGGGAACAACAAGCCGCCAUUACAAGAGAACUUGUAAACAGUGUUGAUAAUGACUUUAGUCCCACGACUCCAAAUGUUUGUGUUGUUUUAAAAUGGAAAAAAAAGAUGUAAAGACAAAGAUGUUAAAGAACAAACUGGUUUUGAGACGUCACCGUGCAAGAAAUCCCACAUUUUUUUCUUGUUAUUUAUAACUUAAUGAAUAAAAAUGCGGAAAAAAACAUUUUUUUUUGCAUUAUAGAGUAAAAAGGUUUACAGAAAAUGUUUAUGCAAGAAUUCAGGGUGGAGUUUGAACGCAUUUUUACCUUUAAAGUUCAGCGAUUAAGACAUAAGAUGACUCUUCCUAUUUUUGUGGUUUGAAUGAACGGUCCAGACUUCCCAGCAGCCUCCAAGCCUUUCAGCAGGUCCAUCCGGAUCUGAUUAUUGGGUCCAAUAAACCGGAAUAAUCACUAAUAAAAACAGUUUUUCUGAUGCA